AUGGAGGACAAUCUAAACCAGCAGUCCCUAGAUAUAGGUAUCCCUGAGAAUAAUCGACACAGAUACACAGCAAAGGACUUUACCUUUCUAGGGAUCUUUCUCCUCCUAUGGGGCUCCAUAAGCAUCUGCUGCGUACUCUGGCUCCUGCGGGUCUCUCGCACCGCGCGCCAGACAUUAGCCAUCGUGGCAGACGGGGUAAUAGAAGAAGGCCUCGCAUGCAGCGAUGCAAAAUCGCGGCUGCAGUCUCUGGAAAAUGCUGCUCCAAGCAAGACGCUGAAGGACUGGCUGAGGGAGCUGCCGCCUGUUCAUUCUCAUCUGGUGGAAUAUCAUACCCAGUCCUUGAUCUGUACCAUCUGUCUCGAUCCGGUUUCCGAGGAAAGUGUAGUCCAUGCCCUACAAUGCCACCAUGUGUUUCAUGGGGAGUGCUUGGAGGGUUGGUUUUUGAAUGGGCAUGAUAAUUGUCCUCUUUGCUUGUUAUCGAUUUUUUCUGGGGACCAAGAGCAGGAAGAGUAG